CAAGCAGGGUAUGGUAGUUUCGCACCUUUGUUACUUGUUGGAGCUUAGCGUUAGUGGUGCUCACUGUCACACAAAAAAACCCAAAACAAAAACGCUAUGGAACUUAGCUUGGAUUUGAGUUUAGGCUUUGUCCCCAAAACAAUUUCCCUGUUUAUCGGCGAUGUUUCUCGGAACAGAGACAAGUGCGAGAAACUCGCCAUGCUCGAGAGUUUUGUGCAAAGAUUGGAAGAUGAAUCGAGGAAGGUUGAGGCAUUUAAACGGGAGCUUCCCCUUUGCAUGCUCCUCCUAAGCGAUGCCAUAGCAAGAUUGAAAGAGGAAAAAAACAAAUGUUCGGGAAUGCAAGAUCCACCUUUGCUUGAAGAAUUCAUGCCACUUAAAACCAAUUCUGGAGGAAACAGAAAUGGAAAUGGACCCUUAACCAUGGAAAAUCAAAUCUGUGACAAGAAGAAUUGGAUGAGCUCAGCUCAGCUUUGGAGCACUGAAACCAAAUCGAGGAAUGAUGAAGAUGACGGGUAUGUGCCUAAUAACCCAAUUCAACCACGGGAGCAGAAGAACAAUAGAGAAGGAGCAUUUACAUCAUUCAAUGGAAAUUCGAGUGCCCCCAAGACGGAUUCGCAAGCUCCGAGCUUUAGUUUGAUGACUCCAGCAUCUGAACUGAGUCAUAGCAAUUCCAAGAGUGGUUGUGGAGGAAGCAGUUCUGGCUCCUCUUUGCUCCGCGUUGAGGUGCAGAGUCAUCCACAACCACCACAACAUCUGCAGCAGAAUCCGAGGAAACAAAGACGGUGCUGGUCGCCGGAGCUUCACCGGCGUUUUGUGGACGCGCUUCAACAACUGGGUGGAGCACAAGUGGCCACUCCUAAACAGAUUAGAGAAUUGAUGCAAGUGGAAGGCCUAACAAAUGAUGAAGUGAAAAGCCAUUUGCAAAAGUACAGGCUUCAUGUUAGGAGAUUCCCAGUUUCUUCAGUAGGACAGGCUAUUAAUAAUGGGUUGUGGAUGGGGCAAGAGCAAUGUGGAGAUAAAUCAAAGGGGAGCUUGUCACAGUCUGGUUCUCCACAAGGUCCUCUUCUCUUAGGAGGGUCUGUUAAAGGUCUUUCAAGCCCUGGAAGGAACAGUGUGGAUGCAGAAGACGAGCAAUCAGAUUGCCGGAAUUGGAAAGGUGGGGUCCACCAGCACCAAGAAGUUGAUAUUCAGAGCCUCUAAAGUUUUGCAGAUAAAUAAUAUAUAAUAAUAAAAUAUAUAAAUGAAGACCCAGAAUUUGACUACAUAAAAAUAAUAGAUCUAACAACAUAGAACUAUAGAAGAGAUCUAGUUUAUGCUACCAUUAUUUUAAACUGUUUUGUAGAGAGCUGCUGAGGUUUUGCAGAUUUUUCGGGUUUUUGUUUUAAGUCACAAUCAGUAUAGUAUAGUUGUAUGUAGCUGUAAUUUUACUGGGCAAUUUUUAUAGAUUAAUCCCCAUUAAUGCUAUUUGCUCUAAUUUCUUAUCUUGUGCUUUGGCUUUUGGUGGUUGAAUUUUAUGCAAAUGUCACACCGUAUUGG